CACACACACACACACACACACUGGAGCAGCGCAGUGAAAUCUGAUCAGUACAGCAGUAAAGAAGCCAAAGGCGCACAACUCUUUUUGUUUGAGGGAUGCUCUGCACCAACAAAGGAAGGAGUUUUCCAUGCCCUGGGUGGUAAUUACAGUAGCAUUCUUUUUUCUAGAAGCCUCUAAGACAUCUGCCACAUCACACAGUAGUGUCAAGCAGUGAGCGGCGCUAAAAAAAAGAAACAUGCUUUUUGGACUUUUGGGACUGUUUCUGGCGUUGACAAAAAGUUGUUGGUGUGCACCACAGCAAACCUGCCAUCCAGGAGACCACUUUUUGGGAAGAUGCAGCAACACUCAGACUGAAGAAAAACCUACUUGCACGGAGCUGAACCUGAGCUACUGUCAGGAUGUAGGCUACUCCAGAACGAUAUUUCCCAACAUCCUCGGCCACCGGACUCGUAUUGAAGCAGAGUCAGGGGCCGAGUACCUUCUCCUGAGUGUCAUCCACGGACUCCUCAAAGGCGAGUGCUCCCCUGACAUGCGUCUGGUGGGCUGCUCGGUGCUCGCAUCUCCCUGUCAGGAUGACAAGAUGAUCAAGCCAUGCCGCAGCACGUGCGAGGCCCUGAGGAGGGACUGUUCCCAUACCCUGGAGGCCGUGGACAUGGCCUGGCCUUACUUCCUGGACUGUGACCGCUUCUUUGCCAGCGACCAAGAAGGUUGCUUUGACCCGCUGGCGGCGCUGAAAGCCAAGCAAGAGCUUUCAAGGUCCAGCCUUUCAGCCGAAGAGCCGAGCACCAUCAUCCAGUUCACGUACUCGUCUAACACUCAGAUGUACAGUCUUCUGAAGAGAACGGCAGCCAAGUGCUCGCACAUCUCUCAAGUAUACAGCAUUGGGCGCAGCACCGAGGGCCGAGAUUUACUGGUCAUCGAGUUUUCCAACAAUCCAGGACAGCACGAACUGGUGGAGCCAGAGGUCAAGCUCAUAGGCAACAUGCACGGCAAUGAAGUACUGGGCCGCCAGUUGCUCAUCUACCUGGUCCAGUACCUGUGUUCAGAAUACACCUUGGGUAACCAGCGUGUUCAAGCCCUCAUCAACAACACCCGCAUUCACAUCCUGGCCUCCAUGAACCCAGAUGGCUAUGAGCUGGCCGCCGCAGAGGUAGAGGAUAACAAUGACCCGGAGCUCAUCAACCAGGAAGGUCACCUGAUGAAUGGUUGGACAAGUGGUCGCACAAACGCCCAGAACAUCGACCUGAACCGCAACUUUCCUGACCUCACAUCGGUCUUCUACCGGAACCGUCGGAGCAGGCACUACCGCACUGACCACAUCCCAAUUCCUGACGCCUACUGGUUUGGGAAGGUGGCGCCAGAGACCUUUGCAGUGAUGAAGUGGACAAGGUCAAUCCCCUUCGUCCAGUCCGCCAGUCUCCAUGGUGGAGAACUGGUGGUCUCCUACCCCUUUGACUUCUCCAGGCACCCGCAGGAGGAGAAGAUGUUCUCCCCCACUCAAGACGAACGGGUGUUCAAGCAGUUAGCUCGGACCUACGCCGAUGCCCACGCCACCAUGUCCAACAACGACACCGACAGGUGCGGAGCCAACUUUUACCGGACCAGGGGUAUCAUCAACGGGGCGCUGUGGUACAGUUUUGCAGGAGGCAUGUCAGACUUUAACUACCUGCACACAAAUUGCCUGGAGAUCACAGUGGAGCUCGGCUGUGACAAAUUCCCUUCAGAAGCCGAGCUUUACCCAGAAUGGAAGAGGAACAAGGAAGCCUUGCUCAGUUUUCUUGAGUCGGUCCAUCGGGGGAUUAAAGGAGUAGUGAAGGACGUUGAUGGUAAUGGGAUCAAAGGUGCCACCAUUUCUGUCAGAGGGAUUCGAAAAGAUGUCACCACAGAUGAAAGUGGAGACUACUGGCGGCUGCUGAGCCCCGGUACUCACAUUCUGACCGCCACAGCUAAAGGUUACUCCCGGGUCAGCAAGCGGGUUCAUUUACCCCACAGCAUGAACAAGGCCGGACGUGUGGACUUUGUCUUGAAGAAGGUUCCACUGGAGCCGGAUAUUGACGAUCACCUCUUCCCCAUCACGGACACAUGGGAUCGAUUUGACCCUUACAACCAGUUUGAGCGCGACGGCGAGCCAGAUUUGGCUGAGGGGGGCAUCGAGCGGCAGGAAAAACCCUGGUGGUGGAACUACUUCUCCCAGUCUGGCAUCGCACCCCCAAACUGGCUGUUGCGAAAUGUCUAAACUCAGCAUAUGUCACACAGCAUUUGUGUAGCACUUCCAGACAUAUCUAACAAAACAUAAAAAGGCUUUCUUCCGCCAGAUAUUUCAACAUGCAAAUUAGUUGUUUGUAUUUGAAGGAAAUCGUCUCCAAACAUUAUCGCAGUAACAAAGGGAGUUCUGGCAGCUGCAAUAAAAUUGCACAGAAAUUGUUGUUAUAUACAGUCUGGUUACCUAAUAGGCCCCAAAACUAUAGAAGUAGAAUUGUCUCACAUCAACUUAAAUAUCCAUCCAUCCAUCUUCUACCACUUGUCCCUUUUGGAGUUGGGGGGGGGGGGGGUUGCUGGAGCCUAUUUCAGCCGCAUUCGGGCGGAAGGCGCGGUACACCCUGGAUAAGUCACCAUCUAUCAUCCAUCCAUCCAUCCAUUUCCUACCGCUUAUUCCCUUUCGGGGUCGCGGGGGGCACUGGCGCCUAUCUCAGCUACAAUCGGGCGGAAGGCGGGGUACACCAUGGACAAGUCGCCACCUCAUCGCAGGGCCAACACAGAUAGACAGACAACAUUCACACACUAGGGACCAUUUAGUGUUGCCAAUCAACCUAUCCCCAGGUGCAUGUCUUUAGAAGUGGGAGGGGCCUAUCCCCAGGUGCAUGUCUUUGGAGGUGGGAGGAAGCCGGAGUACCCGGAGGGAACCCACGCAUUCACGGGGAGAACAUGCAAACUCCACACAGAAAGAUCCCGAGCCUGGAUUUGAACCCAGGACUGCAGGACCUUCGUAUUGUGAGGCAGACGCACUAACCCCUCUGCCACCGUGAAGCCCACAAUCGGGCUAUCAAUAUGAUAUUAAUAUGUAUGGUAAAUGGGUUAAACUUGUAUAGCGCUUUUCUACCUUCAAGGUACUCAAAGCGCUUUGACACUACUUCCACAUUUACCCAUUCACACACACAUUCACACACACAUUCACACACUGAUGGAGGGAGCUGCCAUGCAAGGUUAACCACGACCCAUCAGGAGCAAGGGUGAAGUGUCUUGCUCAAGGACACAACAAACAUGACGAGGUUGGUAAAAGGUGGUGAUCAAACCAGGAACCCUCAGGCUGUUGGCACAGCAACUCUCCCAACAGAGCCACGCCGUCCCCAUAUAUUGAUGGACAUACAAUUACAAAUAGAUAUGUAAUAUACAAAUAAAUAAAUAGUUUGUAUAAAUAAAUGCAUAUUUGUAAAUAUACUUUUGAAAUUUGAAAAUAUGUUCAAAUAAAAUUUAUACAUGUAAAGAUGUGACGUACAAAUAAAUCAAGAAUUUGUAUAAAUAAACGUGUUAAAUAUAUUUCUGAGAUUUGAAUAUAAAUAUGCUUGGUUUUGUAUUUGUAUUGAAUUUGCAUAUGUGCAUCGCUUUUUUCUUUUGUGUCGAUGAGACAUUCCUCCCACAAACCAGAUGCACAAAUAAAUUUGACCUUUACGCUUGCCUGAACAACCAGCAGAGGGCACUGCAGCCAGAGCCACACAUUGCACUGAUAAGAGAUCAGUAUUUACAUUGGGUCAAGGUCUUUCAACGGCAUUGAUAGAAUAAAAUAAACAUCUAGCACGACCUUUCAGUCUAACUGGAUGAAUUAGCAUUAGCUAAUACAACUUCUCUCUGUAAAGACGUGGAUUGUUUUUGUGCAGAUAACUCCAGGCAUUUUGCAUAUAAUGCUCUGUGACCCAGACCGCUCUGGCUGCAGUGCCCUCUGCUGGUUGGUCAGGGGAGUGUGUAGGUCACAUUUAUUUGUGCAUCUGAUUUGUGGUAGAAAUGUCUCAUUUACACAAAAGCAAAAAAGCGAUCAACUUAUGCAAAUUUAAUACAAAUACAAACACAAAAUCAAGCAUAUUCAUAUUCAAAUCUCGAAAUACAUGUUUGUUUAUACAAAUUAUUGAUUUAUUUGUAUAUCGCAUUUGUAUUUGUAUAUUUAUUAAUAAAUGAAUAUGUAUUAAUAUCAUAUUGACAUAUAUAAGUUGAUGUGAGACAAUUCUACUUCCAUACAAAACUAGUUACAGCCAUUUUAUAGUGAACACAACUCUGAAAAUUAGAAUUAGAAUGGCCACUUAUAAAGAACAGAUAUGUUUGCAUUGUUUUAUAUGAAAAAUAAAAAGUACAAAUCUGG